AUGUGGAAUAAAAACUUAGAGACUACACAUGCCAAGGUGCUGGCAAGAGAAGGUGCCUUCGUGCUAGAGGCUCUUCCCAAGUUUUCCCUGCCUCCCUCUUUCCCAGAUGCCACCAUCAGCCUGGUGAACGGUGGGAACCGCUGCGAGGGUCGCGUGGAGAUUUCUCACUCUGGGGGCCGGGGCACCGUCUGCGACGAUGGCUGGGACCUGAAUGAUGCCCAGGUGGUGUGCAGGCAGCUGGGAUGUGGCUCUGCUGUCUCUGCAACAUCAAGUGCCUCCUUUGGACAAGGCAGUGGCAGCAUCUACCUGGAUGAUGUGAGCUGUACAGGGUCGGAGUCAUCCCUCUUCCAGUGCAAACACAACGGCUGGAGCAGCCACAACUGUGGCCACAGUGAAGAUGCUGGUGUGGUGUGCUCAGGUACCACUGGUUUGACUCUCUGCAUACUGGGACUCUUUCAGAAAGUGGUCUUAUUUUCCCUGCCUCCCUCUUUCCCAGAUGCCACCAUCAGCCUGGUGAACGGCGGGAACCGCUGCGAGGGUCGCGUGGAGAUUUCUCACUCUGGGGGCCGGGGCACCGUCUGCGACGAUGGCUGGGACGUGAAUGAUGCCCAGGUGGUGUGCAGGCAGCUGGGAUGUGGCCCUGCUGUCUCUGCAACAUCAAGUGCCUCCUUUGGACAAGGCAGUGGCAGCAUCUACCUGGAUGAUGUGAGCUGUAAUGGAUGGGAGUCAUCCCUCUUCCAGUGUAGACACAAUGGCUGGGGCGUCCACAACUGUGGUCACAGUGAAGAUGCUGGUGUUGUGUGCUCAGGUGCCUUCAUGCUAGAGGCUCUUCCCAAGUUUUCCCUGCCUCCCUCUUUCCCAGAGGCCAUCAUCAGCCUGGUGAACGGCGGGAACCGCUGCGAGGGUCGCGUGGAGAUUUCUCACUCUGGGGGCCGGGGCACCGUCUGCGACGAUGGCUGGGACCUGAAUGAUGCCCAGGUGGUGUGCAGGCAGCUGGGAUGUGGCUCUGCUGUCUCUGCAACAUCAAGUGCCUCCUUUGGACAAGGCAGUGGCAGCAUCUACCUGGAUGAUGUGAGCUGUAAUGGGACAGAAUCGUCCCUCUUCCAGUGCAGACACAAUGGCUGGGGCAGCCACAACUGUGGCCACAGUGAAGAUGCUGGUGUUGUGUGCUCAGCUGCCACUAGCACAAGUACAAGUAUACCAUGCACCACCUUCCCUGCUCCCACAGUGGGUUCCUCCACCAUCAGCCUGGUGAACGGCGGGAACCGCUGCGAGGGUCGCGUGGAGAUUUCUCACUCUGGGGGCCGGGGCACCGUCUGCGACGAUGGCUGGGACCUGAAUGAUGCCCAGGUGGUGUGCAGGCAGCUGGGAUGUGGCUCUGCUGUCUCUGCAACAUCAAGUGCCUCCUUUGGACAAGGCAGUGGCAGCAUCUACCUGGAUGAUGUGAGCUGUACAGGGUCGGAGUCGUCGCUCUUGCAGUGUAGACACAGUGGCUGGGGCAUCCACAACUGUGGUCACAGUGAAGAUGCUGGUGUUGUGUGCUCAGGUACCACUGAUGCCACCAUCAGCCUGGUGAACGGCGGGAACCGCUGCGAGGGUCGCGUGGAGAUUUCUCACUCUGGGGGCCGGGGCACCGUCUGCGACGAUGGCUGGGACCUGAAUGAUGCCCAGGUGGUGUGCAGGCAGCUGGGAUGUGGCUCUGCUGUCUCUGCAACAUCAAGUGCCUCCUUUGGACAAGGCAGUGGCAACAUCUACCUGGAUGAUGUGAGCUGUAAUGGAUGGGAGUCAUCCCUCUUCCAGUGUAGACACAACGGCUGGGGCGUCCACAACUGUGGUCACAGUGAAGAUGCUGGUGUUGUGUGCUCAGGUACCACUGGUUUAACUUCCAGCAUUCCUUUCCGUUCCUCCCCUACAGCGACCACAACCACAGACGGAACCACUUGUAAAAAUGCCACCAUCAGCCUGGUGAACGGCGGGAACCGCUGCGAGGGUCGCGUGGAGAUUUCUCACUCUGGGGGCCGGGGCACCGUCUGCGACGAUGGCUGGGACGUGAAUGAUGCCCAGGUGGUGUGCAGGCAGCUGGGAUGUGGCCCUGCUGUCUCUGCAACAUCAAGUGCCUCCUUUGGACAAGGCAGUGGCAGCAUCUACCUGGAUGAUGUGAGCUGUAAUGGAUGGGAGUCAUCCCUCUUCCAGUGUAGACACAACGGCUGGGGUGUCCACAACUGUGGUCACAGUGAAGAUGCUGGUGUGGUGUGCUCAGGCCCUGGUCCGUAUGUCCAGCUGGUGAACGGAAGGCACCCCUGCGAAGGUCGCGUUGAGAUCUUCUACAGAGGGCGGUCGGGGACAGUUUGUGAUGACUUCUGGGACCUGGCAGACGCCCAGGUGGUGUGCAGGCAGCUGGGAUGUGGCAAGGCCAUUGCAGCUCUGGGAAGUGCCUACUUCGGGCAGGGCUCGGGUGACAUCGUGCUGGACAACGUGCAGUGCAGCGGGAACGAGGUGUCCUUGCUGCGCUGCAACCACAGCGGGUGGAGGAUCCACAACUGCGCCCACUAUGAAGAUGCUUCUGUUGUCUGUUCAGAAGAGUCUGAUCCAACAUCAACAGAUAUAACAACCUCAGCACUGGAGACAACCUCCAUGGAAGAGACACUCGGAGAAACAACGGCGUCUCUAAGAGAGACAGCAAUGCCAACAUCAACAGUCCUCACAGAGGGGACAACACUCCUGGGGGACUCAGCCACAACUGAAUUAACAACCAACACUGAGGAGGUGACAUCCCCACUGCAGACAGCCAGCACGGUGCCAUCAGCCUCCGGAACAGAGGCGUCCUUCCAUCUCCUGGUGGAGAUGGCCAUCACAGAGCCAACAACAACCCUAGAGCACAGCAGAGAUGUCCACCUCAGAAGAGAUGUCCACUGCAGCAGAGAUGUCCACCUCAUCAGUGAUGUCCACCUCAGCAGAGACGUCCACCUUAGCAGAGAUGUCCACCUCAGCAGAGAUGUCCACCUCACCAGAGAUAACAAGAUCCACAAAGAUGAUAACCUCACCAUUGAUGACCACCUCAGAGACAAAACCUACGAGUGCAGAGGGGAACACACCAGGAUUACCUCCCUAGCAGGAAUGUCCAGUGCAGACCAGAAGAUCAAGGAAACAACCCUCAUGGCAGAGAUGACCACCUCAGGAGAGACAACCGCCUCAACAGAGAUGACAACCUCAGCAGAGACGACCAAUCCAGAAUGGAUUGGAAAGAUGGAAAGCAGCCCAACAGGGCCCAGCGUGCGGCUGUCGGGCGGCAGGAACGGCUGCGAGGGCCGCGUGGAGCUGUACGACGGCAGCGCCUGGGGGACGGUGUGUGACGACCAGUGGGACCUGCAGGAUGCCCGCGUGGUGUGCAGGCAGCUGGGCUGUGGACAGCCCGUGGCAGCCCUGGACACUGCACACUUUGGGCCGGGCUCCGGCCGCAUCUUCCUGGACGACGUGCAGUGCCGCGGGGACGAGCCCUCCCUCCAGACGUGCCGGCACAGCGGCUGGGGUGUGAAUGACUGCAGGCACGUGGAGGAUGCCAGUGUCAUCUGUGCAGCUGCCAAUCCAACCCCUCCUGCUCAAUGGCCGUACACAACAGGGCCCAGCGUGCGGCUGUCGGGCGGCAGGAACGGCUGCGAGGGCCGCGUGGAGCUGUACGACGGCAGCGCCUGGGGGACGGUGUGUGACGACCAGUGGGACCUGCAGGAUGCCCGCGUGGUGUGCAGGCAGCUGGGCUGUGGACAGCCCGUGGACGCCCCACGAAAUGCCCGCUUUGGCCCGGGCUCCGGCCGCAUCUUCCUGGACGACGUGCAGUGCCGCGGGGACGAGCCCUCCCUCCAGAUGUGCCGGCACAGCGGCUGGGGCGUGCACAACUGCGCGCACGUGGAGGAUGCCAGUGUCAUCUGUGCAGCUGCCAAUCCAACCACUCCUACUCAAUGGCCACUCACAACAGGGCCCAGCGUGCGGCUGUCGGGCGGCAGGAACGGCUGCGAGGGCCGCGUGGAGCUGUACGACGGCAGCGCCUGGGGGACGGUGUGUGACGACCAGUGGGACCUGCAGGAUGCCCGCGUGGUGUGCAGGCAGCUGGGCUGUGGACAGCCCGUGGACGCCCCACGAAAUGCCCGCUUUGGCCCGGGCUCCGGCCGUAUCUUCCUGGACGACGUGCAGUGCCGUGGGGACGAGCCCUCCCUCCGGAUGUGCCGGCACAGCGGCUGGGGCGUGCACAACUGCGCGCACGUGGAGGAUGCCAGUGUCAUCUGUGCAGAGACAUCCACCCCUCUGCAAAUGACCACCACACCACCAACCCCUGCCACAACCAAGCUGUCCACCCCAGCACCCGUGACCAACACAACCGCCACGGCUUCCACAGCACAGAGCAGCACACCAGGGCCCAGCGUGCGGCUGUCGGGCGGCAGGAACGGCUGCGAGGGCCGCGUGGAGCUGUACGACGGCAGCGCCUGGGGGACGGUGUGUGACGACCAGUGGGACCUGCAGGAUGCCCGCGUGGUGUGCAGGCAGCUGGGCUGUGGACAGCCCGUGGCAGCCCUGGACACUGCACACUUUGGGCCGGGCUCUGGCCGCAUCUUCCUGGACGACGUGCAGUGCCGCGGGGACGAGCCCUCCCUCCAGAUGUGCCGGCACAGCGGCUGGGGUGUGAACGACUGCAGGCACGUGGAGGAUGCCAGUGUCAUCUGUGCAGCUGCCAAUCCAACCUCUCCUGCUCAAUGGCCAUACACAACAGGGCCCAGCGUGCGGCUGUCGGGCGGCAGGAACGGCUGCGAGGGCCGCGUGGAGCUGUACGACGGCAGCGCCUGGGGGACGGUGUGUGACGACCAGUGGGACCUGCAGGAUGCCCGCGUGGUGUGCAGGCAGCUGGGCUGUGGACAGCCCGUGGAUGCUCCCCAAAAUGCCCGCUUUGGCCCGGGCUCCGGCCGCAUCUUCCUGGACGACGUGCAGUGCCGCGGGGACGAGCCCUCCCUCCAGAUGUGCCGGCACAGCGGCUGGGGCGUGCACAACUGCGCGCACGUGGAGGAUGCCAGUGUCAUCUGUGCAGCUGCCAAUCCAACCACUCCUACUCAAUGGCCACUCACAACAGGGCCCAGCGUGCGGCUGUCGGGCGGCAGGAACGGCUGCGAGGGCCGCGUGGAGCUGUACGACGGCAGCGCCUGGGGGACGGUGUGUGACGACCAGUGGGACCUGCAGGAUGCCCGCGUGGUGUGCAGGCAGCUGGGCUGUGGACAGCCCGUCGACGCCCCACGAAAUGCCCGCUUUGGCCCGGGCUCCGGCCGCAUCUUCCUGGACGACGUGCAGUGCCGCGGGGACGAGCCCUCCCUCCAGAUGUGCCGGCACAGCGGCUGGGGCGUGCACAACUGCGCGCACGUGGAGGAUGCCAGUGUCAUCUGUGCAGCUGCCAAUCCAACCGCUCCUCCUCAAUGGCCACUCACAACGGGGCCCAGCGUGCGGCUGUCGGGCGGCAGGAACGGCUGCGAGGGCCGCGUGGAGCUGUACGACGGCAGCGCCUGGGGGACGGUGUGUGACGACCAGUGGGACCUGCAGGAUGCUCGCGUGGUGUGCAGGCAGCUGGGCUGUGGACAGCCCGUGGACGCCCCACGAAAUGCCCGCUUUGGCCCGGGCUCCGGCCGCAUCUUCCUGGACGACGUGCAGUGCCGCGGGGACGAGCCCUCCCUCCAGAUGUGCCGGCACAGCGGCUGGGGCGUGCACAACUGCGCGCACGUGGAGGAUGCCAGUGUCAUCUGUGCAGACACAUCCACCCCUCUGGAAAUGACCACCACAGCACCAACCCCUGCCACAACCAAGCUGUCCACCCCAGCACCCGUGACCACCACAACCACAACGGCUUCCACAGCACAGAGCAGCACACCAGGGCCCAGCGUGCGGCUGUCGGGCGGCAGGAACGGCUGCGAGGGCCGCGUGGAGCUGUACGAUGGCAGCGCCUGGGGGACGGUGUGUGACGACCAGUGGGACCUGCAGGAUGCCCGCGUGGUGUGCAGGCAGCUGGGCUGUGGACAGCCCGUGGCAGCCCUGGACACUGCACACUUUGGCCCGGGCUCCGGCCGCAUCUUCCUGGACGACGUGCAGUGCCGCGGGGACGAGCCCUCCCUCCAGAUGUGCCGGCACAGCGGCUGGGGUGUGAAUGACUGCAGGCACGUGGAGGAUGCCAGUGUCAUCUGUGCAGCAGCCCGCAGCAGGUCCCUAGACAGAGCACAUGUGCCAUCUCCACACCCAGGGUCUUUCCUCAGCCACUUAACCCCAGCCCCUGCCUUGUGCCGUGUGCCAGGGCCCAGCGUGCGGCUGUUGGGCGGCAGGAACGGCUGCGAGGGCCGCGUGGAGCUGUACGACGGCAGCGCCUGGGGGACGGUGUGUGACGACCAGUGGGACCUGCAGGAUGCCCGCGUGGUGUGCAGGCAGCUGGGCUGUGGACAGCCCGUCGACGCCCCACGAAAUGCCCGCUUUGGCCCGGGCUCCGGCCGCAUCUUCCUGGACGACGUGCAGUGCCGCGGGGACGAGCCCUCCCUCCGGAUGUGCCGGCACAGCGGCUGGGGCGUGCACAACUGCGCGCACGUGGAGGACGCCAGUGUCAUCUGUGCAGCGCCACGGCCACCACCUCCUGCUCAGAGUCCACUCACAAGUGGGCCCAGCGUGCGGCUGUCGGGCGGCAGGAACGGCUGCGAGGGCCGCGUGGAGCUGUACGACGGCAGCGCCUGGGGGACGGUGUGUGACGACCAGUGGGACCUGCAGGAUGCCCGCGUGGUGUGCAGGCAGCUGGGCUGUGGACAGCCCGUGGACGCCCCACGAAAUGCCCGCUUUGGGCCGGGCUCCGGCCGCAUCUUCCUGGACGACGUGCAGUGCCGCGGGGAUGAGCCCUCCCUCCAGAUGUGCCGGCACAGCGGCUGGGGCGUGCACAACUGCGCGCACGUGGAGGAUGCCAGUGUCAUCUGUGCAGACACAUCCACCCCUCUGGAAAUGACCACCACAGCACCAACCCCUGCCACAACCAAGCUGUCCACCCCAGCACCCGUGACCACCACAACCACAACGGCUUCCACAGCACAGAGCAGCACACCAGCACCUUAUUUUUGUGGUGGGUCAGUCUCAGAUUCCUCUGGGAUGCUGCAGAGUCCCAACUACCCUGGAAGUUAUCCAAACGACGCUGACUGCGUGUGGGAAAUACAAGUAGAGAACAAUUUCCGUAUAACACUCACAUUUAGAGAUAUUGCGAUGCAAAGCGGGACGUGCCAGUAUGACUACAUUGAAGUCUACGAUGGACCUCUCCACUCUUCCCCUCUUCUUGGGAGAUUCUGUUCUGGUUCCUUUCCCACAUAUGUGUCCUCUUCAAACAUGAUGAGUGUUCGCUUCCACAGCGAUUCCAGAUAUUCCUUCAGAGGGUUUCAGGCUCACUACUCCUCCAUUCCAGCAGGUCACAACACCACCAUCCAGUGCUUGCCAGACUACAUGCACGUGGUGGUCAGCAGACAGUACCUCCAGUCUCAGGGGUACUCAGCAGAGAGGGUCACGCUGAGCGACAGCCACUGCAGACCGACGGUCACAUCGCAGGAGGUUGUGUUCAACAUCCCCUACAGCGGCUGCGGGACAACACAAGAGGAGAACAACGACACCAUCAACUACUCCAACACCAUCAGGGUUGUGUCCUCCGGGUCCAUAAUCAAGAGGAAAAAGAACAUCAACUUGCACGUCAGCUGCAGAAUGCUGAGGAAGAGCUGGCAGCAGGUGGUGUACGCCGCUGAGGACACGGUGGACGUGAGCGAGCACCAGUUUGGGAGAUACGACAUGAACAUCACCCUCUACGACUCCCCGGCGUUCCUGCGGCAAGUGCGCGGCUCGCCCUACCACAUCGACCUCAACCAAAACCUCUACCUCCAGGCGUGUCUUCACAGCUCUGACCCAAACCUGAAGGUGGUUGUGAGAACCUGUGUGGCAUCGCCUGACCCUCGUGAUUUUAACACGCUGGCCUAUGUCUUGGUCAGGAAUGGGUGUCCUAGAGAUUCUUCCUAUGCCACGUACUCCUCCCCUUCCAGCCACUUUGCGCGGUUCAAGUUUAACGCCUUUGAGUUCAUGAGCCGGCACUCGUCGGUGUACCUCAAGUGCCAGAUGCUGGUCUGCAGGCUUGGGGACUUCUCCUCCAGCUGCUACCAGGGCUGCAGGGCCAGGGCCAGGGCCAGGAGGGACACCAGCUCUGCCGAGGAGGAGGUGGAUGUGGUGGUUGGGCCCCUCCAGCUCCGAGAAGGGGAUGCUCCCAGCGGGAACGCCGGGAGGGCCGAAUAGAUUUCUCUCAGGUUUGCUCUAGGAUGACCAACAGGCUUCAAGAAAAGCCAUAGCUCUGUCUUCAAAACCUGCUUUUGUCAACUUUGCUAUAAAAAGGAAGAGAGCAACACCUUGCAAGCUUCUGCUUUCACUUGCUUUUUUAAGAAGUGUAACUUCUCUGGCUGUCCCAAAGGAGAUCUGCCUGUAAUCCACCUUAGUGCUACAACUCCCUGAAUUGUGCUAAUUAGCUCCAGUCUGAUUGUGAAUCUGAUGGUGCUUGGGGGUAUGGUUUAUUGGUGGACUUAUCUGUGCUAGUUUAAUGGUAGGACUCGAUAACCUUAAAGGUCUUUUCUGACCUAAAUGAUCCCAUGAUUCCAUGACAGCCAGCUGGGAGCAAAUUCACAACUUUCUUGAGAAAUAUUUCAUUCCCUUAGUUGUUUUCUGCUUAUGAAGUGUACUUAGUUGAGUUGUCACCCCUGCUAAUAUGAAGCCUGUCCAAAUAGUUGAAAGCAAUGAAUCUGUGAGUUUGCUUAUUUCUGACUUUGACACUGGAGUUCUUUGUGCCUUGAUCUUCAAUAUGCUGAGAUCAAACCCAAAUAACCUCCACUCAUAGGGCUGGGAUCUUCUAGAAACCAGAAUUGUGGCUAUACAAUAUUCUAAUUAUUUUGAGUAUUGCUUUUAGUGCUGUAUUUCUCAUUGAAACAAUGAUGGGCCUAUGCUUAUUUUAGAGAUUUCCAAGCUAAAAUUAAUCUGUUCUGUGAGCAGCAUAAUUUAUAGUUGGAGGAAGGAAUGUUUACAAAGCAAUAUAUCUAUUUUGUCUCUCAAAUUAAUGUCUCUGUGCUUAAAAUACAAAUGUUUUAUUGUGUUGAAGAGUGUGGUCUGUUUGAUUAAAAAUUCCAAGUGAUGGUCUGAGCCCCUGCUUCUGAAAAGCUACACAGGGAACUUCUAAAGAUUUUAAUAUACAAUUUAUCUUACUAUAAAUAUGGAAAUA